GUUUGAUAAGGUCUAUGAAGAGUCCCGCGCCAGGGCUGAGGCCUUCCAGGGCUUCCAGGAUAUGAAGAAUAAACAACCCCAGCCUCAGAUGCCUGGUGGAUGGACUAGCUUUGACCCCCGAACUGGACGUGCCCAGGAGAAACCGACUUCCAAACCGCGUGCAUCACACCAAAGGGGUCAGUCGGCGUACCAUGCUUUUGCAGAGGAAGCGCGGAAGGCGGCAGAGACGCCUACUCCAGAAAGGUCCAAAUCAACGAAAGCAAAGAACGGAUUUGCACCAAGGACGGCUGGAGGAGAUGAGCCCAUGGCAAAGUGUGCAACCUCAUAUUACAAUCUCCGAGGUGAAAGGAAUCGAGACUCGGAUCCUAUGUCUUACUUUUUCUCAACGGCUCCGUCGCCAACUGCGAAGAAACCGCAGCCAUAUGAUGACUUGUCUGACCCGCCAACACCUAACCUCCACAGAACUAGCAGCAAAUAUGCCAAAUCUGGCGGAGAAAAGACUUACGUUCCAAAGGCUGGUAUUAACUGUUCUUCUAGUGUCCGUGAAGAGACCGCUUCCCGACCCCAGACGAACCCGCCGAGUCCGAUUAACUCUGCUACAAAUUCCAACAGACGGCAUAGUGCCAGUCCAAAAUUGAAACCUAAUAAACAGUCGACCUUUUCCGCCUCUUCAUCUUCUUCCACAACCUCUAGCGAAACCGACGAUACCGACGAAGUGAUCUUGAAUCCCCGGCCCAAGGCAGUGCCACGCAGCAGGCGCGCACACAAUGGCUCUGCAUGGAAAGCCAAUUUUCAUGACAAUAAUAACAAGUAUUCAGCAACUGGUGAGAGCCCAUUCGGCUGGGCAAUGGGGCCUGACUCAUGGCUCUUUACUGAGAUCAACGGCUCCCCAAGCCAACCGCCUCCGAGCUCUAACAAAUGGAACUGGCAUGCUGACGAUCAACACGAAGGGUAUGGCCCGAGUACAUUCGGCAACAACGCCCCCUUUCCACCAGAAACCCGCUGCGAGUCCUCGAUGGGCCGCACGAUCCCACCUAUGCCUAAUGUGAGCUCUUUCAGAGCGACCUCAACGGAGGAACAGAGGCCAAGUGCUGCAACUAUGUAUGACUUUAUCCCUACAUCUACACCCACACCCACACCCAAGACUACUCCCAAAAAUACUCCCAAAAAUACUACACCUGUCCCCAAGCCCUCAGCUCGAAAUUGGUCAGAGAAAUGGGGGUUCUCCCCGAAACCUGGCGUUUCAGCUACUUCCCAUGUCCCACCUCUGUGGGCUUACCCUGCCAACAUCCUCCCUGCCUCGUUCACUACUCCCCAAAUGCCAAAGGAAAUGGAGGAUGAAGACGGCGAAAAUGAGGAUGAAGAUGAGGUGGGAGGUGCCGCCGCCUUCAACACUGACGAUGCAGGACGGACACCGCGAAAGAUAUCUUCUGAAUAUUGGGAAUUUCCUUCCAGCACUCCGUUGAGGGCCGAAGCUAACUAUUCUACAACCAUUCACAGUUUUGACCAACCGGACAGUAGCAAUCCAAAUGCUCAAAAUGAAGGCCUUGCCAGACACGCAAAGUCAAAGAGCAAAAGCUAUGAAAGCUUCAAUUCUGGUUUUUCGUCAUCCGAGUGGAACUUUGCCUUUUCUAACAAUGCACAGUUCUUUGCGCCAACGCAAGGUGACUCUUUGGGAGGAACACAGAAUAAAUUUGGUGGCAGGUCGCGGUCUCGUUCUCGUCCUACAACAUCUCAAUCCAACGAGUCACCACAUAAGUCCACCAGCAAUCCUUUUGACUUCAAGGACACUAAGCCAGACGCCCGACCGCCACUAUUCAAGACCACCACGUUCACGGCUGAGCAGCUGCCUGACAGUUUGAACGAGAAGACCUGGACCAUACCCACUGCUCAAGACAUGUUCUUUGGCGGCCAGAAGAAUCAAACGGACUCUAAGAAACCUGCAAACGAACCAAAGCCAGUCAGGAUAAGCUCAGAAGCAGAGGAAGAAGAGGCAACGUUUUCGCCUCAGCAGAUUUUUGGGAAGAAAAGCACUAAACGCGAGUCCAUGGAUAUGGCUGAUAAGAUGGACGUGGACGAAGAGUUGCCCACCGUCAACGUAGCAAAUGCCCAGGCCAGCAACAAUACUACUAACAACAAGCCCAAGUUCUCUAUGGGUCCAGCGUUUAUGCCGUCCAAUAAACCUGGCGGGAAGCCUGAGCUGUUCAAUUUGGCAAAGCUUGGUUUGGUCAACCCCUUCACGGCCAGCAACUCGAAGGGCAUCGCUGACCUGAAGGACCUAAACUCGUCACUCCCGUUCGAAUCCAAGGCGGCGAGCAGCGAGAAGCCGUCACAGCGGCCCAUCCACCCGCGGGAUCUGUCGUUACCGAAGCCGCCUAAGGCACCAACACCACCUGCAAUGAUUGGGGCGCCACCGAUGCCUCGGACGGCCAUGGAGAAGCAGUCUCUGCCGCAGACACCGUGGGAUAUCUACAUGGUGCAGAUGCAAGCUUACAUGCGAGAGUGGAACAACUUCAACCGCACUAUGCUAGCCCACUUUAACGAGCGUCAGCACCUGGUGGAAACGGCCAUGGCUCCUGGCUGGAUGCGAGCGGUGGGAGACAGCAGCCGGGUCAAACUAGACGGCAGCAACGGCGACUCUGCAGAUGCAGAAGAGGACCUUCUGGUGGGCAAGGGCAAGGCGGGCUACAGCGAGUAUCUCCGGGGUAUCGAGGAGGACUUUGUGGUCCGGCAGCAUUGGGACGUUGCCUGGGAACGACACCGCGAGUGUAUCCUGGACCUUGGGAAAGCCCGUGAAUGGCUACGCAGCGGCCACGGCGGCGUACAAGGCGCUUUUCAGAAACCCGGAAUGAAGAUGCCGGUCAACUAGAAUCUCGACAUGGCUUUAAUUUCAUUUAUUUUAUUUCUUUAUCCCUCAUCACAGCCAACAGGAGCCCCCCCCUUUUUUCCCCUUGUUUCUCUUUACGCUCCAUUUUAACUCCAUAGCGGCGGUGGUUUGAUUAUCUCUCCUAUUCCCCCCCUGUUGCUAUUUCCCUUCUUCCUCAGCUUUUGACUGCCAUGUACCCCGUUCCUCUUCUGUCCGCAUGUACAAGUAUGUCGUGUCCUUUGCUAAUUUCGCUGCAUGUCUUCGUCUUCCCAGCCGGCGUUUGGCGGAGGUGCCUUCAAGAUACCACAGGUGUUAGUUACAACCGCAGCUCUAGAAUCAGCUUGACUGUCCAUAUCUCCAUAUAUCUCCAUAUCAUCUCCAUAUCAACGUUCUAUA